UUCGAAAAAGACCUCUACGCCCUUAUCCGGGGCAUGAGGAACCACAAGGGUAAUGAGAAGGAAUACAUCCAGAACAGUCUGAAGGAAUGCCGCCGCGAAGUCCGCAGUCCCGACAUGGACAACAAGGCCACUGCCCUGCUCAAGCUCGUCUACCUCGAGAUGUUUGGCCACGACAUGUCAUGGGCCUCGUUCAACGUCCUCGAAGUCAUGUCUAGCCAGAAAUAUCUGCAAAAGCGCGUCGGCUACCUCGCUGCUGUCCAGACCUUCCGUCCCGACACUGAGGUCCUGAUGCUGGCCGAGAACCUGCUCAAGAAGGAUCUGAACUCUCCGCAACUUCCUACCAUAAGUCUUCCACUGGUUACCAUUCCUCACGUCGUCAACCCGUCCAUGGCCAACUCACUCCUGACCGAUCUCCUCCCCCGCCUUACCCACUCCUCGCCCGCCAUCCGCAAGAAGACCAUUGUCACUCUAUACCGUCUGGCCCUAGUAUACCCCGAAACCCUCCGCCCGGCAUGGCCAAAGAUCAAAGAGCGUUUGCUUGACGAGAAUGAGGAUUCAAGCGUUACAGCUGCCAUCAUCAAUGUUGUGUGCGAGCUGGGCUGGAGGAGACCACACGAUUUCUUGCCUCUGGCUCCUCGUUUGUUCGAACUACUGGUCCAAGGCUCCAACAACUGGAUGGCAAUCAAGAUCAUCAAGCUUUUUGCUACUUUGGUCCCUCUCGAGCCUAGGUUAAUCAAGAAGCUGCUACCUCCGCUCACCACUUUGAUCAAGACAACCCCUGCAAUGAGUCUACUUUAUGAGUGUAUCAACGGCAUUAUCCAGGGUGGUAUUCUGGAUGGCGCAGAAGGCACUGUUGAGGGUGAUGAAAUUGCUCGUCUCUGCGUGAGCAAGCUCCGUGGCAUGCUUGUGGUUGAGGGCGACCCUAACUUGAAAUACGUUGCUCUGCUUGCUUUCAACAAGAUCGUUACUUCUCAUCCUCAACUCGUCGCAUUGCAUUCUGACGUUGUUGUUGAAUGUAUUGAUGAUCCUGAUAUCUCGAUUCGCACAAGAGCCUUGGAUCUGGUCUCCGGAAUGGUCGAUUCUAGCAACCUUAUGCCUAUUGUUGAGCGUCUUCUUCGACAGCUUAGAGAGGCUACUCCAGCCUCGGCUGCUGAUGACCCAACAAACGACAGAGGCAUGCACGCUGGUGUGGUGCCUUCAGGGGAUUCAGAUGACGAAGAGGCAACCGAGUCAUUGCGAAGGCGAGAGGCGCGCUCUUCAGAAGCGCCGCCACUACCUGAAGACUACCGCCAGAGUGUCAUUGAGAAGAUACUCGACAUGUGCUCAAGAGAUACGUAUUCCAACAUCACUGACUUUGAGUGGUAUGUUGGCAUCCUAGUUGACCUUGUCGGUCAUUGUCCAACCAUGGGCACUCAGACCUCGGACAACUCGGCGAGAUCCUCCAAGGAUGUCGCCCACAACAUUGGCCUCGAGCUACAGAACGUUGCUGUUCGCGUGAAAAGUGUGCGACCAGAAGCAGUGGCCGCGGCUCAAUCGCUCAUCAUAGUCGAACGGAGAAUAGACAUGUUCCCUGCUUCCGGUAACGGCGCACAGGCUGUUCUUGCUUCUGUAGCCUGGAUGGUCGGCGAGUACCCUGAUCUGCUUCCCGAUCCGCAGGCUGUCCUGAAUUCGCUUCUUCAUUCUUCGAGCGCCCAACUCCCUGCCAAUAUUCUUGCCAUUUAUGUCCAAGCUAUACCCAAAGUCUUCGCUCGUCUAACAUCCAGCCAAGAACGAUCAUGGACCGCCUCUCGAAAGUCACAAUCUGAUCUGCUAAUGGCUAGAAUUAUCCACUUUUUGGAACCACUUGUACAACAUCCUAAUCUUGAAGUCCAAGAACGAGCUGUCGAAUAUCUCGAGUUGAUGCGUGUCACUUCUGAGGCAAUUCAGGCUCAUGCUGUUGAGGGCGAAGACGAUGGAUUUGUUGACGCUCCGCUUUUGCUUACUCAGGCCAUCCCAUCGCUAUUUAUGGGGCAGGAGCUCAAUCCUGUUGCUUUCGGUGCUCUCAGCAGAGUACCGCUUACCGAAGGACUGGAUCUUGACACACCUAUCAAUGAUAACUUACAAAUACUUCUGUCGCAAGCAGAUUACGAUGACAUGUCUUAUCCAAUUGAAGACAAUGUCUCCAAAUUCUACUUCGAGAAGCCUUCGGCAUUGUCCGUUCAGCCCACAGCAGCAGCUGAUUAUCUUGAGCCCCAAGAAGCACAACAGACCAGAUCUUAUCAGUCCGAAGACCGCAAUAUUGAUCCAAAGGACAUUGCCAGAAAGAAAGCCGAGAGACGUGAACGUUAUCGUGAUGAUCCAUUCUACAUUGACUCCGAGCGCGGAUCCGGAACCUCAACGCCCUUACACAACAUCCUCAAGAGCAGUAAUGGCGAAGAUCUGGACAUCGACUCGAUCCCUAUCAUGGACCUGCAACUCGACAGUAACAACACCGCAGCCGAGGCAGAUCGCCUUCGCAAGUCCAAGGCGUCGAAGAAAUCACGCAACAAACGUGUUGAGAUUGCCCAAGAUGAGACUAUCGGCGACGACUUGCCAGCACCUGUGACGGCACCCACAAAGCCAUCUCUUCUCAGUAGACCCAAAAAGUCACUGUUGCACGUUGACAGUAGUGGGCUUUCGUCCCUUUCUCUAUCAGAAGAUGCUUCGGCCCGUGAAACACAACUAGACUUCGAGCGCCGACAACAAGAGGAAGAAGAGAUGGCGAAAGCAAUCAAGGAAGUCGAACGUGCACGUUUGGAAAUGCAGCGAGCACAGGAGAGAGUGGAAGCAACAGAUACCACGGUGGUCAGAAAGAAGAAAAAGAAGAAGACCAAGGAGGAAAAUGCGGAAGGUGCGGGAGAAAAUACUAGUGCUGGUGGCGAGCCAGCUACGGUUAAAACCAAGCGAAAGAAGAAGAGACAGAUCAAUUUCGAUGAGCAGGCGGAUACGUCAGCUGCUUGA